GGCCGCUAGGCUCCGCCCCUCAGUCGUCCACCGUUCAGUCUGCGGUGGUGAGUUCACGUCCAGUUUAUGAAGAAACCCUCCCACACCCAGGAUGUUGUCUUCGGCCACACUUUGCCAAGCUGGAGCCUGGCGAGUUGUGACCACAACUCAGUGGCGAUCUUUGAGUGAGAGGAGAUGCUGGUUUGCCCGUUUGCCAGAAUGUUUCUCUGUCCCAACGACCAGAAACACGGGUCCUUCCUUUUCCCGCUCCUCCUUAAGCCAUUACCGAUGCUUUAGUGCCUCUGCUGCUCAUUGCAACUCUUCAUCAUCACCACAUCAGAAAACCCCGUCCUACAGCUAUAUCAUUGUCGGGGCCGGGUCGGCGGGCUGCGUCCUUGCAAACCGUCUCUCAGAAGAUGCCCAUGAGUCUGUGCUGCUGCUGGAGGCUGGGCCUAAGGACAUGUUGCUAGGCAGUGUACGGUUGUCAUGGAAGACACACAUGCCGGCUGCACUGACCUACAACCUCUGUGACGACAAGUAUAACUGGUACUACCACACUUUACCCCAGGCCCAUAUGGACAACCGGGUGAUGUACUGGCCGAGGGGUCGUGUUUGGGGGGGGUCCUCCUCGCUCAACGCCAUGGUGUACAUCCGCGGACACGCCGAAGACUACAACCGGUGGCAGAGAGAAGGGGCCGAGGGCUGGGAUUAUGAACACUGUCUGCCUUACUUCAGGAAAGCUCAGUGUCAUGAGCUCGGAGAAAAUAGGUAUCGAGGUGGCAGUGGACCUCUUCAUGUGUCGAGAGGGAAGACCAGCCACCCCCUUCACAAGGCUUUUAUUGAGGCGGGGCAGCAGGCAGGAUACCCCUUCACUGACGACAUGAAUGGGUACCAACAGGAAGGCUUGGGCUGGAUGGAUAUGACCAUUUAUAAUGGGAAGAGGUGGAGCACAGCCAGCGCCUACCUGAGGCCUGUCCUGGGUCGACCCAACCUGAAGACAGAGGUGCGCUGCCUGACCUCCAAGAUCCUGUUUGACGGAAACCGUGCGGUGGGAGUGGAAUACAUACAGAAGGGACAGAAGAAAAGGGUGUUUGCAGAUAAAGAGUUGAUAUUGAGCGGAGGAGCCAUCAACUCCCCUCAGCUUCUCAUGCUGUCUGGGGUGGGAAACGCUGACGACCUGAAACAACUCGACAUCCCUGUGGUUCAGCACUUACCAGGUGUUGGCAGUAACCUACAGGAUCAUUUGGAGCUGUACGUCCAGCAGCAGUGCACUCAGCCCAUCACCCUGUACAAGGCCCAGAAACCUUUCCACAUGGUCAAAAUAGGCCUUGAGUGGCUCACCCUGUUCACAGGUUAUGGAGCAACAGCCCACUUGGAAAGCGGAGGGUUUAUCUGCAGUCGCCCCCAUGUUACACACCCCGACAUCCAGUUCCACUUCCUGCCCUCGCAGGUUAUUGACCACGGAAGAGUUGCCUCUAAGAUAGAAGCGUAUCAGGUUCAUGUGGGACCAAUGAGAAGCACCAGUAUCGGCUGGAUGAAGCUGAAGAGCACAAACCCUCUGGAUCACCCGAGUCUCCAGCCCAACUAUCUCUCCACUGAUGUCGAUGUGUGGGAAUUCAGAGAGUGUGUUAAACGCUCCAGAGAGAUUUUUGCUCAGAAAGCCUUCGAUCCGUUCCGCGGCACCGAAGUCCAGCCUGGUCCUCAGGUCCAAUCUGACGCCGACAUUGACGCUUUCGUCCGCCGAAAGGCCGACAGUGCCUACCAUCCUUCCUGCACCUGCAAGAUGGGCUCGCCCUCUGACCCGAUGGCGGUCGUCGACUCUAACACGCGGGUUUUGGGUCUGGAGCGGCUGCAUGUGGUUGACGCCUCCAUCAUGCCCAGCAUCGUCAGCGGCAACCUAAAUGCGCCGACCAUCAUGAUGGCCGAGAAGGCUGCUGAUAUCAUCAGAGGACGGCCUCCUCUCAUCGACGCAGGGGUUCCCGUGUACCGACCACCAACGCUCGACGUAUAGAGAUGAACAGAGAUCCAGACGAAAGGGUAAUAUGUUGUCGGCCAUUAGGCAACAACAGCAGUGAGCAGCUUGUCAGGAGGAUCUUUCAUCUGUUAAUUAAUGUGUGUUUUCAAUACUGGUGAAUUUUAACAGUUUACAUCUGAAAUGCAGUUUUACAAAGAUAAUAUAGAAACAGUGGCCUUGGUCUCUCAGCCACACAGCAGUUUUAAUGUUGUGGCUGAAUAUAAAAAUAGAAUAUACAUUCUAUGUGUAUAUUGACUCAACUUUACAUAUACUGACUUGACACUUGCACACACUUCAUCCAGUAUUUGUUGCACCAGCUACAGUUAUUUUUAAGCCUUUUUGAAAAAAAAUCAAAACCCUUUUUUUCAUAAUCACACGACAAUAAUUGACAGCAGCAGGUUCGGUUAUUAAUCUGCUCUAGACAGUUAUCACCGUUGUCACAUCCCUCUUCCUUCCUGAAAACUUGCAGAUUCAACAUUUAGGUUUGUCGUUUGUUUGUAACAUUUUAACUAUAAAAAACAAUAUAAAAUUUCCACUUUUAGUAAAUAGAAAUCUAGCCUCAUCUCUUCUUCAACAGUAAAACAGUUUGGAGUUUUAUCGUCAGGCUUUCAAUCGUUUUUAAAUUCCACAGUAUGAACUCUGGCCUUAUAUGGUCUUGAGACUUGAGCUCGUCUGACAAACAGAUGUGACAACCAGAAGUGUGUUUCAUAUUUAAAAAGAAAAGCACACAGCUCAUUUUCUGUUUUAAUGCUUUGCUUCAGGUUAAAACGGAUCCUCCUGAUGUGUGAAAUAUGUUACUUUGGAUGAUCACGUUUUUCAGCUCCAAGCUUUCAACUGCGUCUCGGUUCAGACCAGUCUUGCUGCAGCUGAAGUAGCAAAAAAUGCAAAUUAUAACCCUGAAUAUAUGAAAAAGUCCAAAAACGAAUCUAAAAACUAGAUAAAAAAUCAAUUGCACGUUUAUUUCUAUGUUUACAAAGAAGCUUUUGAAGAUGAUUGUGUUGAACCGACCGACCGAUCAAGUUUUAGAAUCAGCUUUACUGAAAGUCUUAAAUUCAUACAUGAGGUAUUACGAUAUGUUUACAUUAUAUAGUGUGUUACACAAUAUUAAUUUUAUGUUUAAAUCAUUAUCAUGUGUAUUAAUGAAGGAUCACAAAGGGAAAUGAAUUGUGAAAAUAGAUACAGUAUUAUGUUUGCAUGUUUGUUUAAUUGUUUGCACUAUAAGAAAACACUAGAAUCGUCCUGACACUGUCCUCAUUUCAUUCAGACUUUAUUUAGUCUUUUUAAAAAAUCCUCAGCAGGAUCAUUGUCAUUUCAGACGAGAAGUAAAAUGUACAAAACUGGGUUUGUGUUUUCAUUGGUACAAAAGGUACGAGUACGUUUGCUACAAAGUAGACAGAGCUAUGUUUGUUUUUUAAUUUUCAUACAACAAUCGGGUAGAAAGCAGAAAUCUUCAAGUUCAUCACUGACUUUUUACAAACAACUGUACAGAUUUUAUACAUCGUUACAUAUUCAUCUGCAAAACAGCCAAACAGUACAAAAAAUAAAGCUGUCAGUUGCACAACA